AUGUUCUACCAACCGGGCUCGACACCGCAUAACCUUCCUCAUGACCCGUUCAAGGCCUGCGUCGUCCCCCGCCCAAUCGGCUGGAUAAGCACAAAAUCCCACGACGGCCACACCAACCUCGCCCCCUACUCCCAAUUCAACAACCUAACCUUCGACCCGCCGUACGUGAUGUUCUCCGCGAACCAAACGCCCUCCCAAACGCGAAAAGACACCGUCGUCAACGCAGAGAAUACGGGCCAUUUCGUCUGGAACCUAGCGACCUACGAUCUCCGCGAGGCUGUUAAUAUCUCCGCGGAGCAGGUCCCGUACGGGACGGAUGAGUUCGUGCGCGCGGGGCUGGAGAAGGAGGAUGCGAGUAUGAUGGAUGUACCCAUGGUCAAGGACUCGCCGGUGAAGUUCGAAUGCGUGUAUCAUUCUACGCUAAGGUUACCUGCGAACCCGCCCAUGGGAACUGUGGAUGUUGUUAUUGGAAAAGUGGUGGGGGUUCAUGUGGAUGAUAGGGUGUUGACGGAUGGGAAGAUCGAUGUGCGCAAGACGAAGCCCAUUGCUAGGUGUGGGUAUUUUGAGUAUGCGGUUGUGCAGGAUACGUUUGAGAUGGUUAUUCCUGGGGGGAAGGAGAUUCUUUAUGGGUUGGAGGGGAGUGCGAAGAGGAAUGCCGAGAUGCCGAGGUUGUAA